AUGUCUGAUAGCGAAGAAGAUGUCAGAAUGGAUAAUUAUUCUGAUAAUAUAACAUCAUCUCUCGUUCGUCUGGCUUUAUCAGCAGAAGGUAGAAGAACAGCCCUGAGGAAGGAUGAGAUAACGAAGAAGUGUAACAUUUCAGGUAAAGAUGAAUUAUUAGCUGCUAUCGAUGGUGCCAAUGAUAUACUACGAUCAACAUUUGGUUACGAGUUGAGGGAAUUACCACCUAAAGAAAGCGCAAAAUUAGAAGAUAUACCUCCUAAAACUGGAACACGAGCUUACGCGCUAAUAAAUACAGCAGAACAACCGAAUAAUCAGUCAGAAGCUUUUAGUAGACAUGAAAACAUCAGCCACAUUGGCAUUUUACACUCUAUAUUAGCAAUUAUUUAUGGAAAUGGUGGCAUAGUUUCAGAUGUUCAACUGACUUCCAAUCUGAAGAAACUUGGCAUUUCAAAAGAUCAACCAUUGCCAGGUGAAGGCAGAGUACUCCUCGACAACUUCCUUUCAACUCUAUCUCGGCAGAAUUACCUUGAAAAGAAGAAAUCAAAUGUUGGUAAUCACGAUUAUGAAUAUAGCUGGGGCAGUCGCGCAAUUGUUGAAAUUGGAGAGAAUAAUAUCAGCCGGUUUAUUUUGGAAAUAAUAAAUAAGUCUAGGAAUAGUAAUAUGAAUAGUGAAGCUGCUGCUGAAAUAGACAAGAAAAUCCUCGAUGAUUUACAAAGAGGUGUUGGACACAAAUACAACAGUUAA